AUGUUGUCUCUUCGCACAUUUGUUCUUGUAAUGAUGGUUCUCGUUGGGCUCGCAGCGGCUCUGCCGUAUUUCCGGCUGAAUUACGAUUAUGAUCCAGUGGAUUUGGAGAAUGAUGAGAAAAACGCAGCUCGUCAAUUCCUUCCAUACAUGAAACGAAACAUUGCGAUCGGUCGUGGGGAUGGUCUUCGACCCGGAAAAUAA